ACAAGUCAUACUCUCCUAUUUGCCAACAUUUGAAACAAAACCAGAACCUCAUCCACGAGAAGCCACCCAAAGAGCUCAGUAGUAUUAUCAACAAUGGUGGCUUUAACUCUAAGACUACCUUCCGUUUCUUCCGUUUUCUUCCCACCUUACAUCUCCUCCUCUCGAUCGAUUCCUAUUUUCCGUCGGAAUCAUCUUCUUCAAUCAUUCGUCAGAUUCUCCGUCAGAAGCACAGCGUCAGAAACCAGUACAACUACCACUGGCAUGGACAAUUCCAAGUUAAAAUCCCAAGAUAAAGAUAGAGUAAUAACCCCUCGUUCUCAGGAUUUUAAUGCUUGGUACCUUGAUAUUAUCUCUAAUGCUGAGCUUGCUGAUUAUGGUCCUGUUCGUGGUACUAUGGUCAUUCGCCCUUAUGGCUAUGCUAUUUGGGAAGCCAUUCAGGAAUAUUUAAAUGUCAAGUUCAAGGAAACUGGUCACAGCAACAUGUACUUCCCGCAGUUUAUACCAUAUUCUUUUAUAGAGAAAGAAGCUAGUCAUGUUGAAGGAUUUAGUCCAGAAUUAGCUCUUGUAACUAUUGGAGGAGGCAAGGAACUUGAAGAAAAACUUGUGGUUCGACCUACUAGUGAAACUAUAGUAAACCACAUGUUUACUCAGUGGAUCCAUAGUCAUCGUGAUCUUCCUUUAAUGAUUAAUCAGUGGGCAAAUGUCACAAGAUGGGAGAUGCGCACCAAGCCAUUUAUAAGGACUCUUGAAUUUCUUUGGCAAGAGGGUCAUACAGCUCAUGCUACCCCAGAAGAAGCAGAGAAAGAGGCCUUGAUUAUGAUCGACGUUUACACCAAAUUUGCUUAUGAACAAGCUGCAAUACCUGUAAUUGCAGGUCGAAAAUCAAAGGUUGAGACAUUUGCUGGUGCAGAUAGGACCUAUACCAUUGAAGCUAUGAUGGGUGAUCGAAAAGCUUUACAAGCUGGGACUAGCCAUAACCUUGGACAGAAUUUCUCACGUGCAUUUGGCACACAGUUUACUGAUGAGAAUGGUCAAAGGCAAAAUGUGUGGCAGACAUCAUGGGCUAUCAGCACACGUUUUGUGGGCGGUAUUAUUAUGACUCAUGGUGAUGAUGCUGGUUUAAUGCUUCCACCAAGGCUUUCACCUAUACAGGUUGUAAUUGUACCAAUUUGGAAAAAGGAAGAAGAGAAGGCAGGAGUACUUAAUGCUGCCUUUACUGCAUUUGAAUUUCUGAAGGGUGCAGGGAUUAGAGUCAAAGUUGAUGACACGGAGCAAAGAACACCUGGAUGGAAAUUUAACUUUUGGGAAAUGAAGGGAGUUCCUAUAAGAGUUGAAAUUGGUCCACGCGAUGUAUUGAAUAAGAGUGUGGUUGUAUCUAGGAGAGAUAUUCCUGGAAAACAAGGUAAAGUGUUUGGAGUAUCCAUGGAACCUGAUGCUUUGGUUCCUUAUGUAAAAGACAAGCUGGAUGAGAUACAAGCAUCAUUAUUGAGCAUGGCGACUUCAUUUCGUGAUAGUAACAUUGUGGAUGUGGCGUCAUAUGACGAGCUUAAAGCUGCAGUAUCUGAUGGAAAGUGGGCAAGAGGUCCAUGGUCUGGCAGUGACAAGGACGAAUUGAAAGUGAAAGAGGAAACCGGGGCAACGAUCAGAUGUUUUCCUUUUGAACAACCCCCAGGCAUAAAAUGUUGCUUGAUGACUGGAAACCCUGCUGAGGAAGUCGCAAUUUUCGCAAAAUCUUACUAGCUACAGGCUUGUGCUAUUGCCAAAGGAGAUUCGCUUGACUACAUCUUCGCUGUAGCAUUUCAUUCAAUCGAACUUGGUUUAUAUGAGAAUUCAUUUUUUUAGUUGAUCAGGUAUCGGAACAAUAGCCUCAAAUAGUUUUUGUUUUUCUUCGCACCAGAUUACAGGUGCGUAUUUUAUUUUAAUGUAUAACAAUAAACUACAACAAUAUCAAAACCUUAAUUCCAAAAGAUUGGGAUCAACGAUAUUUGGAUGUACAUUCAUAUGUUAUAGUGCUGGUCGAUAGGUUUCUACU